AUGGUCACCAUCGGCCUCGGCGUCCCCAUGCCCAUCCUCACGCCCGUCACGGCGACGUGGACCGCGCCUUUCGCGCUCUACCUCUCUCUCCUCAACAACAGGAUCGCCUACCAUCGCAUCAAAAACAGCACCUUCAUGGGCGACCGCACCAAAGCGUCCGUCUCGCUCAACGAGCCGCCGGAAGACGACCAGCUCUUCGUGGCGACGCGCUGCCACGCCAACUUCGUGGAGAACGUGCCGCUGGCGCUGGUGGUGGCGGCGGUGGCGGAGCUCAACGGCGCCAACCGGCGCACGCUGCACUACGCGCUCGCGACGCUGUUCGCGCUGCGCGUCGCGCACGCCGAGCUCGGCCUGACCAAGAGCUUCCGCGGCAUCAAGAGCGCGGGCCUGGGCCGCAUCACCGCCUUUUACGGCAGCCAGGCGUUCGUCGUGGGCGUCGCCGGGUGGGCGGCGUGGUUGUGUAAGGGGUAUUGGGGUUUUUGA